ACAAGCCAGGGGGCGGGGCCUGCGUGCCAGCCAAUCACGUCGCGCUCCGGGUCCAUCCUUCCAUAUUAGCAUCGUCUCUAGCAACAGGUGGUGACGUCACGGGGAGCGCGCUGCGCGGCCCCGCGGAGCUAAAUAUGGAGCUGUCCGCUGUCGGGGAGCGAGUGUUUGCGGCUGAAUCUCUUCUCAAAAGACGCAUCCGUAAGGGUCGAAUGGAAUAUUUGGUGAAGUGGAAAGGUUGGUCUCAAAAGUACAGUACAUGGGAACCCGAGGAAAACAUCUUAGAUGCCAGAUUAGUGGCUGCUUUUGAGGACAGAGAGCGAGAAAGAGAAUUGUAUGGGCCGAAAAAAAGGGGCCCCAAGCCGAAGACUUUUCUUCUCAAGGCACAGGCCAAAGCAAAUGCAAAGACCUAUGAAUUCCGUAGUGACAGCGCACGUGGUUUAAGAGUCCCCUAUCCAGGGCAUCCUCCUCAAGACAUGCAGUCUAGGCCCAGAGAAGGGUUGAGGAGCGUUCCUACCUCUUCCCAGGAGAGUAGUGAAACUCAAGUAGAAAUCUUUAAGGAAAGAUUGGUAAGCUCAGAUGUCCGAGAACAUUAUCCCUUAAAGAUUAAAAAGAAAAAAAAAAGUCACCACGCAAAACUCCUUCACAAAGCCAAUGUUCAGUCCUUGAGAAUGUCACCGGCCAACCAUACAGGUCAGACUGAUCCGGUGACUAAUUCUGCCAAAGCAGACGACUCCAGACCGCUAGAGUAUCAUUCCGCACAUGGCGUCAUCCAGAUUGCAAGGCGACAAAACUUAGACUUGGGAUCUUCAAGUCAAAUCGAACAUUGUUUCCUACCUAAGGAACACGGACUUGUGCAAACCACACAACAUGGACUCGGAAAGUCAAGUAGCGACAUCUCUGUACAUAGGACAAAGAACAAGGGCGACCUCUUCAAAGAUGCUGUUAUUCCUAGAACUAAGAUCAGCUCAGAAUGCCCGGCACAGGUGUCUGACUUCUACAGCGAAGCACUAUUAACGCACGGGAGGAAGCCUUCCCUUAUUGCUCGUAUUCCCGUUGCCAGGAUUUUUGGAGAGCCAGAAGAAGAACCAUGGAGGCCCCCAGUGGACAACUUGGAGAAAGUAGUAGUGACAGAUGUGACUUCUAACUUUCUGACUGUGACUAUAAAAGAAAGCAACACAGACCAAGGCUUUUUUAAGGAUAAACGAUAAGUGUUUGUAAAUAAUAUGCAAGUAAAUACAGUGUUUAAUAACCUGUUCAUGUUUUAUGUUUUGGUGAUAAAAAAAAAAAAAAAGUUAAAUUCUAUAUAUUUGUUAGUUCCAAUCAAAAUAUCCACUUAUUUUGAUGCUUUUUUCCGUUUUUCCUGUGCAUCUGUCUAAAACCUGGCUCAGGUAGCCUUGAGUUCCAGUACACGCCUGUCUGUCUAUUUAUACUUGUGUAGGUUUUUUGUUUGUGAUUUUUUUUGUUUUACUUUUAAAAUUAUAGGACAAAUAUACAAUAAUUUACCAAGUUCAGGGCACCAUGUGACCAAUUGUACAAUUUCAACUAGAGAAGCGAUCAAUGGGUUCUAGAAUUUAGAAUCCUUUGCUUUCUUUGGGAGAGAGUCUUGACUGUGAAAGAUCAUAAAUCCUCCAGACUCAAUGGACCCAUCCUUACAUAGUUGUCAAGCUCCCUAUUCCCCAGAUGCAUGCUCAGCUCAAGUGAGAGUGAAUGUGUUCUGCGAUGGGGAGAGUGGAAUAAUCUACCACAGACACAUAUGGUCCCCUAAGAACAAAAAUGUUGAGCGUCAAAGUUCAGCACGUCCAAUUCUUCUGUUGUCGGACAUCAUCUGUUGGGGAGUGUAUAGAAUUCCCCAAUUCACAUUAGACUGUCUGCUGGUCCCACCAAAAUACCAAUUUUGAACAGCUUAUCUCUAAGGGCAUUUAUCAACCAACCAUCAAUUGUUUUCAUUUGUUACAAACAGCUUUCUUAAAAGGGCUAAACCCAUCCAGGAGAUUUAUGGCAUAUUUUUGGCAUAUCCACAUAAAUGUCUGAUAAAUGUGGUUCCUAUCUCUGGUACCAGCACCUAUCUUGAUUUCGAGGGUCCCCCUCGAGGUGGUCAGGAAGCCAAAAAGACUAAAUAGUUCUUAAAAACAACUUGAUAACCCCUUAGAAGUUAAUGUGAGUUGCAUAAACAAUGUAGGUUUACAUAUACAACGUGAAUCGAGACCAGGUCAGAGGAGGCCAGGGACCCUCUAUCUCCUGAUAGAUGCAGGCGCCACCUCUGGGACCCUCAACUAUCAUGUGGUUAUGUCAUAAAUGUCCCAGAUGGGAAUAACCCUUUAAUGUACAGUGGAUAAAAAGUCUUUCAUAAUGUCAGUUCUGGUUAUGGUCAAAAUGAGACAGAGCUAAAUAAUGUCAAAACUUUUUUUUUUACCUUUUACUCCGCUGCUCAACGUUUGGAACAAAGUCUUCCAAAUAGCCCUGCCCCCUCACGAUGUCACGCCCCCUCCCAUAGACUUGCAUUGAGGGGGCAUGGUGUGACAUUAUGAGGGUCGGGGCUAUGACAUCACAAGCUCCCAUCCUCGCUCCAGUAUUCGGAACAGCUUGUUCCAAACGCUGAACAGCGGAGUACCCCUUUAAUGUGACCUAUAACAUAACAUUUAAUGUUUGUAAAACAAACUGAAAUCUUUUUUUUUUUUGGGGGGGGGGGGGAGAAAAAAUAACACGCUUUAACCUGGUUGCAUAAGUGUGCACAAGAAAAAAUGUAUAUAUGUUGUCCCUACCAGGGACUGAGGUGCCUUCUAAAAUGUAACUUUUAAUGGUGUAUUUUAAAAAAAUACCGAUCCACACCCACUUAUAACUGGGGAUAUAGCUGGGUUCAGAAUGAACCAAUCACAUUCUCACAAACUCAUGUUAAUUAGAAGUCAUUACACACCGGCCAUUAUUUACAGUUACUCUGAGUAAUCACAAAUAAUGUUCAGCUGUUCUAGUAAGAUUUUCCUGACAUCUGCUUUAGUUGCAGCUCAGCAAAGGCCAUGGUCAACAGAGAGCUUCCAGAGCAUCAAAGGGAUGAAAGAUAUUAGACAGGAGAAGGGUACAAAAGAAUUUCAGAGCAUCAGAUAUACCAUGGAACUCAGUGAAUACAGUCAUCAUCAAGUGGAGAAAAUAUGGUACAACAUUACCAAGAACUGAAUAUCCAAACGAAAUUGAUGAAAAGAAGAGAACUGGUCAUGGAGGCUUCCAAGAGGCCUACUGCAAUAAUAAAAGAACUGCAGGGAUUUCUGGCAAGUACUGGCUGUGUGCUUAAUGUAACAACAAUCUCCUGUAUUCUUUAUAUGAAUGGGGUAGGGUGGCAAGAAGCCUGAAGCCUUUUCUUACAAAAAAAAAAAACAUCCAAGUCCAGCUGAACUUCGUGAAAACAAAUAUCAGGUCCCUCAAAAGCAUGUGGAAAAGUGUGUUAUUGUCUGCUGAAUUCUGGAUUGAACUUUUUUACUGUAAUUCCAGAAGGUAUGUUUGGCUCAACAACAACACUGCACGUCGCCCAAAGACCACCAUACCGACAGUAAAGCAUGGUGGUGGCAGUAUCAGGCUUUGGGGCUGUUUUUCUUUAACUGGAACCAAGGCCGUAGGGGUGGAUGAAAUUAUGAACAGUUCAAAAUCGGAGGCAAUUUUUGCAGAAAACCUUCAGGCGUCCAUUAGAAAGCUGAUGAAGAGAAAAUUCUCCUUUCAGCACGAUAAUGACCCAAAACGCAUCCAAAUCCUCAAAAGCUUCACCAGAAGAAGUUUCAUGUUGUGGAACGGCCCAGACCUUAAUCUAAUUAAACAUCUAUGGGGUCAUCUGAAGAGGGCUAUACACAGGAGAUUUCCUCAGAAUCUGACAGAUUUGGAGCAAGGUAGAGUGGGCAAAUAUUGCCAUGUCAAGAUUCGUCGUGUUCCUACCCAAAAAGGCAAAUCACUGUAAUGAAAUUAAAGGUGCUUUAACAAAGUUAAUGUAAGGGUGUGCUCACUUAUGCAAACAGCUUACUGCGAGUUCCUUUUUCUCCCCCCCCACCACCUUUUCAAAGAUUUUAGCUUGUGUUGCAAUCGAAUUGUUCACGCUCUAGGUCACAUUAAAGGGUUGCUCUGCCCCUAGACAUCUUAUCCCCUAUCCAAAGUAUUGGGCAUAAGAUGUCUGAUCGCUGGGGACCCCCGCAAUCUGUCAUUUAGCACCCACCUUUGUGAGCUCUCUGCAGCGCUGGAGGCUCAGAGUAUGCAGCAGGACGACCACGGGGCUGGAGUAUUGUGACAUCACGACUCCGCCCCCGUGUGACGUCAUCACGCUGCACGCUCAGAGCCUCCAGUGCUGCGGAGAGCUCGCAAAGGUGGGUUCUGAAUGACAGAUUGCGGGGGUCCCCAGCGGCGGGACCCCCAUGAGCAGACAUCUUAUCCCCUAUCCAAAGGAUAGGGGAUAAGCUGUAUUAGGGCUGGAGUACCCCUUUUUGUAAAUGACUUCUAUUAAAAAAUCUUUACCCUUCCAGUACUUAUUAGCAGCUGUAUGCUACAGAGGAAAUUCUUUUCUUUUUGAAUUUCUUUUUUGUCUUGUCCACAGUGCUCUCUGCUGACACCUGAUGCCCGUAUCAGGAACUGUCCAGAGCAGGGGAAAAUCCUCAUAGCAAACCUAUGCUGCUCUGCACAGUUCCUGACAUGGACAAGACAAAAAAGAAAUUCAAAAAGCAAAGAUUUUCCUCUGUAGUAAACAGCUGCUAAGAAGUACUGGAAGGAUAAAGAUUUUUUAAUAGAAGUCAUUUACAAAUCUGUUUAACUUUCUGGCACCAGUUCAUGUAAAAAUAUGUUUUCCACUGGAGUAAGUACCCCUUUAAAGGUGGAAAUGGUUCUGAGAUGAUUUAUCUUUGUCUCAUUCUAGAACAUCACAAGAAUCAGGCAUUUAAAAGGGUGUGUAGACUUUUUAUAGCCUCUGUAAGACAUACUCAAAAGUUAAUUUAAUUUAAAAAAAAAUGUAUGGGAUCUCGAGGUCCCUUGGCAAAGGAUGCAUUUAAAUUAUUAGUAUUGGGGUAGAGCUAAAUAAUAUUUUUGUACCCCUAUUGAUCUACUCACCCUCUUACCCCCCACAGGAACUUUUUGUUACCCCUUUUUUCUUUUUGCACUUUAAAACAAAAAAAAGUAUGAAUUCAUGUACAGAAUGUUUGCAACAACAAAAAAAAUACCUAUGUGUAAUUCUUGACCUGGUCAUUUUUCUAUUAGUGUUUUACACCUGUAUAAAUGUAACCAUAUAGAUAUUAUACAUAUAGAUGCUAAUUAUUAAAUCAUUAUUACACUUAUUAACUGCAAUGAUGUGCAAUGGGGCGAUUCUAAUACUAGCUGUGAAAUCGGGUAUCUACGAAAAACAAUAACUUUUAAGAGAAAUACAGAGAAUAUGUCUUUUACACUACUUUGUUGUUGUUUUUAUAUUUGUACAGUUGGUUAUUAAAAGGACACUAAACAUUCA